UUCAUGUAAUCACGAAUCGUAUCACCUCCGUCAGUCGCCUAAAUUGGUCCCGCGACUAGACCGAUCGGACCUGCGUAAAAGCGACCCAAGAGCGAUUCGUCGCGUUCACUUUUUCAACGUCGCCAAUUCUUCGAUGAUUUUUUUGUAUGUCCUCAGCUUAAUCAGCAAACUUGUGAUGCAAUACUUAAAAGUCUUUGUUCCUCGGAGGGUUGCAUACGUUCAUGGUCUAUAACAUGGCUUUUUGUCAAAAAGAAAUGUCCUCUAUUUUAGUCUUGCGUGUAUAUACUAUAAAGUACACCAUUAAGCGCAUUUAAAAAUGUCUUGAAACUCUUCAGAUAAGUUUAUACCAUUAUAUGCAACUUUAGGAAUAAACAAUUAAAAUUCCUAUUUUAAAUGCAUUCUUAAAAUUAUCAAAAUUGCGUGUCAAAGUCAUAGCUGUUUAAUUAGCUCACAAAAUUGUAACAAAUUAAUGUACGUCAUCAAGAGAAGUGCGUUCUUUGAAAUCUGUAUACGUUACAUCAAUCAAAAAAUUCUCAAGCAUGCAACACGUGAUGACAGAUCGUGGAAUCUGUUUCCAGCGAUUUAAUUAGGGAUUAAGUAAUCCCGUCAUCAGGCCGACAGAGCCAGGCAUUCUUGCUUAAUCGAGCAAAAACAACAAUAAGCCCACUCUAGUGCCGAUUACGCGAUCGAUGCAGCCUUCAACGUCGACGGCGCAACCUUGUAGAUCACGGCCGAUCCAGUGGAGAAAUGGAAACGGGAUCGUCUUCCCGAUCUCGUAAGAAAGAAAAUCCCUCUCCUGUUUCAUCCCGCGUUCGCUCUCCCUGCCGCGUCCCUCCUCGCCGCUUCUCCUCGUUCGCCGUAAGCUCUCGCUUUACAGACAGGCUUACCUUGCCCGGCGAAACGGAAGCAGCCAACCGCACGUGAGCUUUUCACCAGGCGAGAUCCCUCCCUCGAUAGCCCUAUCGAUUGUCCUAUUACAUGAUCUAGGAGGAUCUAAGGUGGACUAUAAAGGCAGCCGCAUUGCCGACCACGAUCGCGCCAGUGUGCAUCGAGUGCAUCUCGCGACCAAUUCCUCAGCUCGUCGUCGAUCGUCCAUUCGCGUGGAAUCAAAACCAUUCGAUAUACGACUUAUCGAGUGCUGCGACGGAACAAUACCGCAAAUACCGCGAGAUGAAGCGCUUCGUGGUCAUACUCGUGCUCGGUCUGACCAGCGUGGCUUCGGCCAAGCCUGCUUUCCUGCCCGUACCGUUAACGUACGCGGCGUCCAUAACGCCCGGGACGCAGAUCAUUACCAACAGCGGAACGCCGGACAGUCGACCGGAAGUGGCGGUCACAGGGACGCGACAAGCGGCUGCGCGCAUCGACGAGAGGGCGAACCUAGCGGCCGCGCGAUCGCCACGGAGACAACAGUCUUUGCAUGACGAUGCGCCGAGGGUCUCAACAUCUCCAGCACCCCUCGGUGUCGACGGCAGGGUUGUGGACACACCGGAAGUCGCGGUCGCCAAGGCGGCGCACGCAGCCGCGCACGCAAACGAGCGGCUGAAGCUUGCGCGCGAGGCUGCGAGGUCCGGUGCGUCCGAUUCGUCGGAAAUCGCCGACCGCGCGGACGUCGGAGCCACGCCGGAAGCGACGAUCGGUCCGGACGGCAGGAUUCUUGACACGCCGGAAGUCGCAGCAGCCCGGACCGCCCACGAGAAGAUCAACUUGGCGAACGAGAUCGCGAGGACCAGCGAUACUCUUGCGCGUCUUGCGGAUGGCGCCGUGGUACCCUUGGUGCUCGGCAACGGCGUUGUCGCCGCCCUGGUACCCGUCGGCGUCGACGGCAGGCCCCUGGAUGCGCCGGAAGUUGCUGUGCACGACAAUCGGAAUUUGAACAACGUGAAAUCUGUCGAUGCCCUGGCGGUCGCUGGUCCGGCUCUUGCUUAUGGCAGAUUGGUUUACUGAAGAAGGAUCCGUCGACACUCGAAGAGGAUGUGGACACUGCGACAUAUCUUAAUGUCUACAUGCUGAUGUCUGACCUGAGUUGACUUACUAUUACGUUGGAUAUACUUGCAUUUCAACUAAAUAAUAAACUGCUAUUAUCCCACGGAUAAACUCAUAUAUCCCUUAGGGAUAUAUCUCUUGCAUCUCUUAUAAAAUUUAUCUCUGAGGUAUUUUACUCGAUAUAAUAUUAUAUAUAUGCAUAUUAAUAAAACUGUUUCCUAAAAAAUUAAAAAUUACUGGUUUCUGUAAAUUUUCUAUAAAGGACAUAAUGUGUUAAUAUUUUGUCAUCGGUAUGAUAGAAGCAGACGUUAUAUAUUCCUUGUUUGUAAAACGAUAAUUUUCAAUGGAAAUCAUUAUAUAUGCAUUCUAUAUAUGUAUCCUAAAUGUAUAAAAAUAAAUAUCAUG